GCGCUGCAGACCCCGGGAGUUCCCAAGCGCUUCUCUUACUGUUGAUUCCCGCAGACAGACCUAGGCGUGACUGCGGAAAGGGGAAGGGAAGCGUCCUUAAAGGGGAAGCAGCCCUAAUUGAUGCGGGGAAAGGGGGAUCCCGACGAUCGAAGCCAUGAGUGCCGAACGUGAUCCCAGAAGGGGAUCAGGCCCCUGUAGAGGACCGGAAACUUGGUGGAGGGAGCUUUGCCUUGGAGUUCUGCUUUUUCUCGCCUUGUGCUGCUGCCAAACGUGUGGGAUGGCCACUCCGGAUCAGGUUAAACCCAUCAUCACCAUGGAGCAAUUGCUGUGGGUGAGUGGCAGCGUGAUCGGGGAGGUGAACACCUACAGGAUCCCUCUCAUCACAGCCACACCUCACGGCACACUUUUGGCCUUUGCUGAAGCCAGGAAGCAUUCGCCUUCUGACAUUGGAGCCAAGUUUAUCGCCCUCCGCCGGUCCCAGGACAAAGGUGCUACUUGGAGUCCAACUUCAUUUAUAGUUGAUGAUGGGUCCUUGGCAGAUGGCCUCAAUCUUGGGGCUGUGGUGGUGGACUGGGAAAAGGACAUUGUAUUCUUGGUAUAUUCUCUGUGUGCCCACUACCACCAGUGCCCUGUUGCCAGCACCAUGAUCAUUCGCAGCCGUGAUGAUGGGGUCACCUGGAGCGUUCCCCGGAAUCUGUCUGAGGAUAUUGGCACAACCAUGUUUGCCCCUGGACCAGGCUAUGGCAUUCAAAAGCGCUACGAGCCCAAGAAAGGGCGUUUGAUCGUCUGUGGCCACGGGACGCUAGCACGGGACGGGAUCUCAUGCCUCCUCAGCGACGACCAUGGCCUAACUUGGCGAUAUGGACGGCAGCCCUUGCAUGGGAUCCCUUAUGGUGAGAGGAAGCUUCUCAGUGACUUCAAUCCUGAUGAAUGCCAGCCCUAUGAGCUGCCAGACGGUUCUGUGGUGAUCAACGCCAGGAACCAAAAUUUCUACCACUGCAGCUGCCGUAUUGUGGUCCGCAGCUACGAUGCUUGUGAAACCCUCCCUCUGGAUAAUGUGACCUUUGACAUGACCCUAGUGGACCCAGCCGUGGCUGCAGGCGCUCUGGUCAAAUCUGGCCUCGUCUUCUUCAGCAACCCAGCCCAUGAGCGUCAACGGGUCAACAUGACACUACGCUGGAGUUUUACAAACGGCUCUUCGUGGUGGAAGGAACCUUUGCAGAUCUGGAGUGGGGCCAGCGGCUAUUCUUCAAUGACAGCACUGGAUGGGGCAGCCCCCGAGGAUGCCCAGAGCCUCUUUGUCAUUUAUGAGAAGGGGUGGGUCACAUCCACAGACAGUGUUUCGGUGGCCAAGAUUAGCAUCAACGGGAAGCUCUGACCCCACUGUGGUCUUCCACCAUUUCCCUCAACCUUAUGUGCCUUUGAUCACUCUUGAACCUUUUGGCUGCCUGGCUACGGAAGAAGGGAAUUUGCAUUGGGACUUGGGAGAGAUCGACAACACCGGUGGAGAGGCAAGAAAGCAGAGUUUGGAGGAGGGAUAUAUGUCUUGUUUUAGACUACAAUUCCCAGAAUCCCUCAGCCAGCAUGGCCAACAAUUGUGCUGGCUAGUAGAGUUUGGGAGCUGUAGUCUAAAGAAGUUAUCUCCUGCCCCGACACCCCAAGCUCUGCCUGAAAGUUGUGGCUGAAGGGCAUUUGGGUCCAGAACUUUGGGGAAGCCGGGCACCUGUCAUAGUAGGCCUAGAGGUCCGUGAGUCUAUCCUCCAUCCUCCCUUUGGCUUCUCUUCCCCCUCUUUGCCUCGGGCAGGACUCAACCAAGCCUUUUUGUCAUGGCCAUUUCCCCUACAGUGAUGUUGGGGCUGCCGUUCUACCUCAGAAACACUCCUGAUUUUGAGAUGCUGCUAUUGAAUUCCUGGGUGGGGACUGAAGUUUUAUUGAAACGAGGGUGGGCAGGUUGGAGGACGCAAGAGAGGAAAAAAAAAUAAAAAUUAAAGGACUCGAGAAAGCAGAAAGCCAGCUGACAACAGUUGUAUGACAAGGAGCAAAUUGUUGUCCACUUUGGAAUGGUUUUUUUUUUUUAAUUUUGUUCAUUUUUAUCAAAUGGAAAGAAGAGAAAAUGUUUGUAGUGAAUAAAGUCAUUGAUGCACCUUUCA